UUCUCCAAUUUGUCCACAUCUUUGCUAAAGUGUGUUGCCCAGAACUGGACACAAUAUUCCAUCUGAGGCCUCUCAAAUGCUGAGUAGAGUGAAAUAAUUACUUCUUACAUAUGACACCCUUUGAUAUACCCCAGAAUGAUGAUAGCCUUUCUUGCAACUGCAUCACAUUGUGCUGCAAUGAAAGAACAAUGUGCAACUUUUUAAAAGUGCAUAUACAGCAUGGAAAAUAAGAACACAUAACAAACAUAUAUAACAGUUGCACAGAUUUGGAUUGUUUUCCCCUACUCUGUCCUUAAUUUGUUGAUUGUCUUAGCUGCCACCCAGUUCCCCCACAAACAAAUGGAACUGACAGUACUGGUGCCUAUUCAUCUCCCUGUGAGGGCCUGACAAUAUCCUGAAUAAACGUUAUUGAAUUAAGUUAAACCUUAUUGAAUUAUAUUUAAUACCUUUGGGGUCCAUUUUAUUAAAAUGUAAUUGUGUAUGUGUUGUUGUAUGUACCUUCUCUAGUAAGAGGGGGGUGCUAUGUAAUUCCUCCAGUAUCAACGCUUUGAAGUUACUUCCCACCCCCAGAGAGGUGUGCAUAUAUUAGUUCAAACUGGAUUCUCCAGGGACCAAUAGAUAAAGAAAGGAUAUUUGGAUAAAUAGCAUGGUAUUAAACUGGUUCAGGGCCACCUUCCUGAUCCAGCAAAUGGACAAGACCUCUGGUCCACGGAUGGCCCUAAUCCUUAGAUAAGGGUUGGAAGGAUUUGCCCUACAGAGGCCGAUAAGACUGGGUGCUUGUUCUAAGCUGUGGCUAUGAUGAACUUGUGACCACAAAAAAAAACCCUCUUGAGAGGGGUUUGGAAGGACUGUUCCAGCCAGAGCCCAUGUUAGGAUUGGAGUGAUCUCUGGUAGGCUUAUUAGCAUGUAGGUCUUUUGUUGUUUUUAAUAUGUUGUCUCUGGAGAGCUUUUACCUUAAUAAAAUAGGCUUGUAUAGAAAGAACUGUGUGGUAUUUAUAACUGUUGACAAUCCCUCUGUUAUCAGUUUCUGAAGAGAAAGCAAGCGAGUGUGCUUGCAUAGCCUGUCUCUCUGCUGGAAAUGACACGAUGAAGUCAGGGAAUUGUGCAGACUGGAAAUAUCCUGGCCAGAAGGGAGUGAGUGCCAAGAAAGGUAACAGUUGAGGAGUUGGAAGCUUAGAGGGGGUGCCCUUGCUGGCCCACCGAGGGGAAACACAGGUGCAGUUGCCCUGAACUGUGAUACAUCUGGACUACUUUACUUGCAUGUUGUAUCCUGCUCUGCAUCUUUUUGUUGGUUUCUUGUUUAUUAUAGAUUGUAUGCCGUUUAGGGUAUGGACUAUGUCUUAUGAUGUACAGUGCCUCGCACAUUCGAGUCCCAAUCUUAAUUUUAGGGUCGCCAGUAACCCCCACAGAUCAGAUAAAUAAUAAUAAUUUUAUCUUCUUAUCUUUUACACCACGGAGCUUCAAUGAAGCUCAGUGAAGCUACUCGAUGAAUUAAAUGGAGUUCCUCCUGAUUUGUGUUGAUGUAAGUGAGUGAAGGAACAAGGGCGUUUCCCCUUAUUCUAGUUCCGGUUUCAAAAAGUUGGAAGUCUGGAUCAGAAAGAGCACAGCUGGGUGGAGGAUCCUCACACAGAAGAACUAGGGACCACUCAACUUCUAAGCCAGUAUUUAUUGAAGAAAAAGGGGCCUUUAUCAUGAGAGCAGAUAGCAAGAUAUGGUUCACUUUUAUACUAGCUGCUUUUGCAGGAGUUUUACACUGGUGUCAUAUUACAACUCUUUUUGAAAAUGACCGUCAUUUUUCUCACCUCUCGACGCUGGAAAGAGAGAUGGCUUUUCGCACUGAAAUGGGCCUUUAUUAUUCCUAUUUCAAGACGAUUAUUGAAGCACCAUCAUUUUGGAAUGGAAUGUGGAUGAUUAUGAACGAUAAACUAACUGAAUAUCCUCUGGUGAUUAAUACGUUAAAAAGGUUCAAUCUUUAUCCAGAGGUGGUCCUAGCCAGCUGGUACCGCAUAUACACAUGGGUAAUGGAUUCUAUUGGUGUUCAGACCAAGACAUGCUGGACUGUAAACAGAGGAGAAAGGCUUAGUCCUGUUGAAAGCUGUGAAGGAUUGGGAGACCCUGCUUCCUUUUAUGUUGCUGUGAUCUUUCUUUUAAAUGGACUAAUGAUGUCAUUGUUCUUCAUAUAUGGCACAUACCUAAGUGGGAGCCGUCUAGGAGGUCUAGUUACGGUAUUGUGCUACUUUUUCAAUCAUGGGGAGUGCACGCGUGUGAUGUGGACUCCACCCCUUCGUGAAAGUUUCUCAUACCCAUUCCUUGUGCUUCAGAUGUUGCUUUUGACCUACAUUCUCAGGACUCCGAAUAUUAAUAGAGGAAGCUUGAUUGCACUGUGUGUUUCUAAUGUCUUUUUCAUGCUUCCCUGGCAGUUUGCUCAGUUUGUCCUUCUGACACAAAUAGCGUCGUUAUUUGCUGUGUAUGUUGUGGGUUACAUUGACUCUCUCAAGUUACAGAAGAUACUUUGUGCACAUAUGGCAUCUCUUGCACUGUGUUUCAUUUUGAUGUUUGGCAACUCAAUGUUAUUGACCUCAUAUUAUGCUGCCUCUUUAGCAGUUAUCUGGGGUAUUCUUGAAUGGAGUCCAAAAUUGCUGAAAAUGAGUAGAAGAGAAAUCAGUUUAUGGGCCAUUGAAGGAUUUGCUUGGUUAUUUGGAACAGUCACCUUAAAAUAUUUGACUUCUCUAAUAUUUGGAGUAGCUGAUGAUGCACAUAUAAGUAACCUGCUAAAAUCAAAAUUUAUUGGCUACAAGGAUUUUGAUACGUUAAUGUACACCUGUGCUGCAGAGUUUGACUUCAUGGAAAAAGAGACUCCAAUAAGAUACACAAAGACGUUACUACUUCCGGUUGUUCUUGUGGUUUUUGGGAUAAUCAUCAUGAAGGCAAUUAAAUAUAUUGUGUGGUUUUUAUCUCAGAAAGACCUCUGUGAACGAGAGGAUCAUUUUAACCAUGGUGAGCUGGUAUACCAUGCAUUGCAGCUAUUGGCAUAUACUGUACUUGGUAUUUUAAUUAUGAGACUGAAACUGUUUCUGACACCUCACUUAUGCGUUAUGGCUUCCUUGGUUUGUUCAAAACAGUUGUUUGGAUGGCUCUUUGGCAAAAUUCAGCCCAAAACAUUGGUCUUUGCUAUUUUAGCAAUAAUGGCAAUAGAGGGAUCAGCAAACCUUCAGAAACAGUGGAACAUCAUGGGAGAAUUUAGCAAUUUGCCACAGGAAGAACUUUUAGAAUGGAUAAAAUCCAGUACCAGACAAGAUGCUGUUUUUGCAGGAGCGAUGCCUACCAUGGCAAGUGUCAAGUUGUCUGCCCUUCGACCUAUUGUCAAUCAUCCCCAUUAUGAAGAUGCAGGGCUGAGGGCCAGAACUAAAAUAGUGUAUUCCAUGUAUAGUCGAAAACCAGCAAAAGAAGUGAAAAGAGAAUUGUUAAGACUAGGAGUGAAUUAUUACAUCUUAGAAGAGUCAUGGUGCAUAAGAAGAACUAAGCCCGGUUGCAGUAUGCCUGAAAUUUGGGAUGUGGAAGAACCUGCCAAUGCUGGCAAAAUUCCUUUAUGUAACCUUAUGAGUAAGGAUCCCAGGCCAUAUUUCAACACAGUAUUCCAGAACAGUAUUUACAGAGUCUUGAAGGUUACAAGGGAAUAACACUUCAGUGCAAAGAACUGUCAAACUUUUUCAACUUUUUAACUGCUAACCAUAUAAAAAUUCUAAAUCAGAAACACCUUUUAUACUAAACUUAAAAUGAGGAAAUGUAUAUUUUUAAUUUUUUGUCAUUUUAAAGGAAUUCUGAUUAUAGAAGUACCUUAACCUGACAGUUUGGAUUUCUAUUUCAGGGUCAGUCUCUUGAGGUUUGCUAUGCAAAUGAUUAUAUGUUUGCACACUCUUUAAUAAAUACUGAUCCAAACAAAAGUUAAGUGGCUGUAGAAAGUAACAACAGUUCUCAAAACCAAUCCGAUUGUGAAACAAUGCUGUCAGUCUGCCUUAGCAAAGCAAGAUUAUUUAAACCAUUGGUGCUAGUAAUUAGGAACUAAUGGAUGGUGCUGUAGCAUCUAGCAGCAGACUUCUAAAUCACCAUCACAGUAUAAUGACCACUCCCCAUAUUCCUCUUUGGAUAACGUGAUACUGAUCACACAUUUCUAAAGAAGUCACACAAUUUCUUUAGCCAUAUCUGUGUGAAGAAUGGUUUUAAGAGAAACUGAAGAAGGGUUGCUGAUAGUUUUGGAUCACUUCAAAAACAUGUCAGGCCUUUAAGUUUGUCUUUUUAAAUGGAAAUAGUUUUUAAACAAUCUUGAAACUGCACAUUUUAGAUGAUGUGCACUUUGCAUGUGCUUGGAACCUUAACUUCAAUAUUGAUUUUAAAAAAUAAUUAAAUCAAUGAGAGGAAUAUUCGCAGCUGAGCGGUAGCUUAGCCUCUGAUUGCCCAAGGAUUUUAAAAACAUUCUAGUACAUUCAAAACAACCAGACAUGCACAUGUGAAGUUUAAGAAGGGAAAAAAUAUUUUAUUCAGGCAAAAUCUGUCAUUUAUCCUCUUUGUGUAGCUUUAGUAAGGUAAUAGAAUAAACUCUGCACUGCCUUAACAGUGCUAGAGCUACAUCUUAAUUCUGUAGGAAAUGCAUCUAGUUCAUAUCACAUUUUCUUUCCCUAUCUAUUAAAGCCCGUUUAAAGAUUCUGUUGUACAUUGGACAUCUUGCUUUAUUUAACUAUACAUUGGACAUCUUGCUUUAUUUAACUAAUCCUGGUUUUUAAAAAUAGUUUUUAAAAGUAUCCAAAUAAUACUGAAGAAAAACCUUGUAACAAAAUUAACCUGACUGUACUAUGAUUAUAGUCAAAAGUUUGUGUAAAUUUAAUCACUAAACCAAAUGUUAAAUAUACUCUCCUUGAAUUGUCUGACCAUGUAGAGUGCAAUUAUUCUUCCUGCUUUGAAGUUUUUUCUUAUUUCUAUCACCAUAAUGUGGCCAUUGUGGAUGGUACAGGACUUAAUUUCACAGAGGAAUUCAUUUCCCAGUGUACUAGAGCAAGGAUACCGUACAAGCUAUUAACAAACAAGAUGUUAUCAAUUCUAUAUGUUACAGCCACUUGAAAACAUCACAAGUAAUCUAGAUUUGUAACUUUUGAGACUAUAUAAAUGUUAAUUGUUCAAUCAGCAGCCUAAUGACAUGACAGUGGUCUAGGUGGCUGUACUGGAUAUUCAGCCUUGACUGCAUCUAGCAGUAAUAGAUGCUGUAGAAAUAAACCUCUUUUACAGCUGUGAGAGUAGUAAUAAAAUGUUGAACAUAUGUGAAAACUGUGGAAUAAAAGCUGAUCAGUAUUUUAUAUAUUUGAUUUUUUUUAAAAUUUGCUUUAUUGGGAGGAUGCAGAUAAAGGGUUGAAAAUACAUAUUAACUUUUUAACUUUUACAAAAAUACAUUUUGGUAAAGUUUCUAUAAGGAAACUGGUUCACUAAAAAGGGCUUAGGAGAAGAGAAUUUUUUUAAAAUAUGUUGAUGGGUUUCAAGAAAGCAGUAAAAAGGAUAUCUUUCUAUAUAAACAUUGUGACUAAAUAGUGUUACAACACAAAAAAGUACUGUAUUUUUAUGGGGUUUAUGCCAAUUGUUCACAUGUACUUAUAUGUAGUUAAAUAAAAAAAUUCAUGCAAUGUG